CCCCAGCCAUCUUUAGGUUAGGCGUUUCGGUUGCCUUUAGGUUUUGUUCUUUUGCAACUUCCUCCUGUUGCUAACAUUUGAUAAGAGUUUUUCCUCACUCUUCUUCCUCACCUUCCCCCCCCGCUCCCGAGUACUUUGCUUUUUGCUCUGCUCCAUUAGUGCGGUUAUGUGAUACUAGAUGCUGGCUGUUAAUGGUGUACCACUCUUGGCUGACACACGCACUACAUUGCUUCAGAAGGGACUGUGUAACGACUGCCCUGGGUUCAAAAGGCAGCAAGCAGCGCCGGCGCGUGUAGGAACUCUUCUGCUCCUCCUGCUGAGUCGACUCGAGUCUCAUCGCUUCAGUCCCGCUGGUGGCUUCCCCUAGCCCAGCAUUUUCCAGUUGCCAGAUCGCCUGGCAGCAAGUAGGAACUGGAUUUUCAAUGGCCGGGGAAAGAUUGAUCAAGUGGCUGAAAUGAACAUGAACACUAUCCUUGAAGAGAUUUUGAUUAAAAGAUCACAACAAAAGAAGAGGACAUCUCCUUUAAACUACAAAGAGAGGCUUUUUGUGCUUACCAAAUCCAUGUUAACAUAUUAUGAAGGUCGUCCAGAGAAAAAAUACAGAAAAGGAUCGGUUGACCUUUCAAAAAUCAAGUGUGUGGAAAUUGUAAAGAACGAUGGUGUUAUUCCCUGUCAGAAUAAAUACCCAUUUCAGGUUGUGUAUGAUAACAGCACACUUUAUAUUUUUGCUCCCACUGCACAUAGCAGAGACCAGUGGGUAAGGAAUUUGAAAGAAGAAAUAAAGAAUAAUAAUAACAUUAUGAUAAAGUACCAUCCUAAAUUCUGGACAGAUGGAAUCUAUCAGUGUUGCAGACAAACAGAAAAAUUAGCACCUGGCUGUGAAAAAUAUAACCUGUUUGAAAAUAGUAUAAAGACAUUGCCACCGUUGAUGCCAGAGAAAAAAAUGAGAAGACCGCCACCCCCUGCUCCCCCAGAAGAGGAGGAAGAAGAGGAAGAGGUAGUAAUAGCCAUGUAUGACUUUCAGCCCACAGAAUCUCAUGACUUGAGAUUAGAAAGAGGUCAUGAAUAUACUAUAAUAGAAAAAAAUGAUAUGCAUUGGUGGAAAGCAAGAGAUGAAUAUGGGUGCCAAGGUUAUAUACCAAGCAACUAUGUAACAAGAAAGAAGUCCAAUAGUCUAGACCAGUAUGAGUGGUACUGUAGAAAUCUGAAUAGGAGUAAAGCAGAACAACUCCUCCGAAAUGAGGAUAAAGAAGGCGGCUUCAUGGUGAGGGACUCCAGUCAACCAGGUUUAUAUACCGUAUCUCUGUAUGCGAAAUUUGGAGGAGAAGGGUUAUCUGGAAUACGACACUAUCAUAUAAAAGAAACACCACAGAAACAGUACUACCUGGCAGAAAAACACACCUUUAACUCUAUUCCAGAGUUAAUUGAGUAUCAUAAACACAAUGCUGCAGGUCUUGUGACAAGGCUACGAUAUCCAGUGACUCCAAAGACAAAACCAACUACUGCAGGAUUCAGUUAUGAGAAAUGGGAAAUCAACCCUGCAGAGCUCACUUUUAUGAGAGAAUUGGGCAGUGGCCUCUUUGGAGUGGUACGUCUUGGCAAAUGGAGAGCACAAUAUAAAGUGGCCAUUAAAGCAAUCCGAGAGGGCGCAAUGUAUGAAGAGGACUUUAUAGAAGAAGCUAAAGUGAUGAUGAAGCUGACCCAUCCGAAAUUAGUCCAGCUGUAUGGUGUCUGUACACAGCAGAGACCUAUUUACAUAGUGACAGAGUUCAUGGAGCAUGGCUGCCUGUUGAAUUACCUCAGACAAAGACGUGGGCACUUUAGUAAAGAUAGUCUGCUGACAGUGUGCCAAGAUGUGUGUGAAGGAAUGGAGUAUCUAGAGAGAAAUAGCUUUAUUCACAGAGAUCUGGCUGCUAGGAACUGUUUAGUGAAUGAGUCAGGAGUGGUGAAAGUAUCUGACUUUGGAAUGACAAGGUAUGUACUUGAUGACCAAUAUACAAGCUCUUCUGGUGCUAAAUUUCCUGUGAAGUGGUGCCCCCCAGAGGUUUUCAAUUAUAGUCGAUUUAGCAGCAAAUCAGAUGUAUGGUCUUUUGGUGUUCUCAUGUGGGAAGUGUUUACUGAAGGCAAAAUGCCAUUUGAGACAAAUACAAACUAUGAAGUGGUAACUAUGAUUAGCCAAGGACAUCGUCUGUUUCGGCCAAAGUUAGCUUCAAAGAGUGUUUACGAUUUGAUGAUGAUGUGCUGGCAUGAGAAACCAGAGGGACGUCCUACAUUUCAUGAGCUGCUGCAAAUGAUUGAUGCUAUAGCAGAGGACACUUCUGCUUGAGAAGGCAAAGUGAACGUGCAGAUGUUCACAGUGAAUGAAAUGAGUUUCAGAGAAGCUAUGGUAGUCUUACUCAAGAACAUAAUCCUGGAUGUUGCUUAAAAGGACCACACUUUCAAGGCAAUUGUGAAUACUAUUUUCUCAUUGCAAGGAAAGGCAACAUUUUAUCAAGACACACAUAGUUUGCUGUGCCUUUUAAGUAACAGUGUCUAUGAAUUGGACGUUGCUGAAGGUUGUAAAGGUGAAAAAUGCAUCUGUGGCUGGAUGAAAGGAUACAAGGAGCUGCCUGUUAAGCCCUGAAUCACAACAUAUCGAAGAACAACAUUAAUGCCUUGCUUGGAAUCCCAGUGUCACAGCAGUAGUUCUGAUGUCCUCACAAACCAGUUUAUCACAAUAUAUGAUGCUAGCUUGUGGGUUUUGUUGCUUUAAUAGGGGCCACUGCAGCACCUAUUAACCACUAACUCGGAGCUUCUUCAUCUCAUGUUAAUGACUGUACUUUUUAUCAUCUGUUGUAGAAAACUUGUAACUAGAGAUUGACAAACGUAGGGCUAGUCAUAUUAAGAUCGCUAGAUGGUCAGUGCAUUCUUGUAGCAUUUAUCUGAUUGAGAAACAAGAAGGAUAGGUAAAGUUUCCCCUCGACAUCUAGUCCAGUCUUGUCUGACUCUAGGGCGUGGUGCUCAUGCCCGUUUCCAAGCC